AUGGUGGCGGUACCCGCCCUGGUGCUGCUCUCACUGGCUGCUGCAACACCCAGGAGACACUACAAGCGAGAUGCGGCCUUGACUUCAUCGUACCUUCCGCCUCCUCGUGGUGGUGGCGGCGGCGGUGGUCAUGGAGGUGGUGGUGGCGGCGGAGGUGGUUACGGCGGCGGCGGCGGUGGUGGCGGCCACGGCGGCGGCGGCGGUGGCGGCCAUGGCGGCGGCGGCGGCUACAGCGGCGGUGGCGGCCACGGCGGCGGCGGCGGCGGUGGCGGCCAUGGCGGCGGCGGCGGCUACAGCGGCGGUGGUGGUUACAGCGGCGGCGGUGGUGGUGGCCACGGCGGCGGUGGCGGCCAUGGCGGUGGUGGUGGCGGCCAUGGCGGUGGUGGCGGCGGUGGAGGUGGCAGACCGUCCUCUUCCUACGGCCCCCCAAAACAAAGCUACGGUCCUCCACCCAAACCUUCGAGCAGCUACGGACCACCCUCAUCAAGCUAUGGUGCCCCUCCUAAGCCUUCCAGCUCCUACGGCGCACCAAAACCUUCUAGUUCUUAUGGAGCACCGGCGCCUAAGCCAUCAAGUUCUUAUGGUGCACCUGCACGCCCGCCAGCAACCAGCUACGGCGUACCUACUGGACCUUCAACUACCUACGGUGCACCUAAGCCUUCUCAACCAUCUAGCUCAUAUGGUGCCCCACCCUCAAGUUCAUACGGAGCACCUUCUCCUCCUUCUAGCUCCUAUGGCGCUCCUAGCGGAGGACACGGCUCUUCUGGCGGAGGCGGUGGAGGAUUCGGCGGUGGUUCUGGAUUUGGAGGAGGACAUUCCUCAGGUGGAUCUGGCUUUGGUGGUGGAUCUGGGUUUGGCGGUGGUUCAUCAUCCGGCCCAUCCAGUUCCUAUGGUCCUCCUGCUUCUCCACCUUCGAGUUCAUACGGCGCUCCUUCUGCCCCGUCCAGCUCUUAUGGUGCCCCUGCAGCUCCUCCCUCUUCCUCAUAUGGCACUCCUUCAGCUGCUGGCGGCGGUGGAGGAUUUAGUAGUAGCAGCAGCAGUAGCAGCGGAUUCGGUGGUAGUAGCUUUGGAAGUAGCGGUUUUGGAGCCAGUGGACCUUCAUCAAGUUAUGGCGCACCUUCACCCCCCUCAAGUUCUUACGGUGCUCCAUCUCCUCCGUCAAGUUCUUACGGUGCUCCAUCUCCUCCAUCAAGUUCUUAUGGCGCACCUGCUGCGCCACCAUCUAGCUCUUACGGCGCUCCUUCUGGUGGCGGUUCAUCCGGUGGAUUCGGAGGUGGUCAUUCCUCCGGUGGAUCUGGAUUCGGAGGCGGUGGCGGAUCUGGUGGAUACUCAUCUGGUGGAUCCAGCGGAUACUCAGGAGGUGGACACUCUUCCGGUGGCGGAGGCGGUGGAAGCGGUGGAUACUCUUCAGGCGGAGGCGGCGGUGGUGGCGGUGGAUACUCUUCAGGCGGAGGCGGCGGUGGUAGCGGUGGAUACUCUUCAGGCGGAGGCGGCGGCUACUCCUCGGGUGGAGGUUCAGGUGGCGUGCCUGCCACCAUUAACCAGAGCUACGACUCAAACGGCGGCUAUGUGUACUAG